GGAGACCUUGUUGUUCUGUGAGUCUAAAAUGCGUCUGCGUUUAAUUGCCAAAGAGAGAAGGUGUUUCGUGUGCGCGUGUGUGCGCGCAUGCAUGUGCUUAGAGAAUGGAACUGAAGAGGCGUAAAAGUGCAAGAAAGCGGACCAUGCUCAUGGACCUAUGGUAGUAGCGCUGUAUUGCCUUAUAAAGACAAAAAAAUCUAUUUUACUAUGACGUUUUUUCACCAGUUACUUCCUUCUCUGGGCUCAGUCUCGGGCUUGCAGUCUUGGGCUUGACUAGCUGCUCUGCGUAAAAGGAGGGUUUUCCUAGUCACGCAGCAACCUGCUUCAGCAUACUACUUUGCAGUUCCCCAGCCUACAAAAAGUUUUAUUUUUCUUUUUAAAGAAGUUCUUCCCUUUCCACUGGAUUUGCAGCUCUCGAGCAGUUGCUCCGCAGGUUGGACCCACCGCUUGAGCUUGGGAGACCUGCCACUCAGAGAAAUAAGAAAUGGCAUCGACAGCACACUUCUCGGAGGAGGAGAUGGCAGAGCUACGAGAGGCUUUCAGCAAAGUCGAUAUCAGUGGGAACGGCUUUAUCCACGCCAAUGAUUUAACAGAUGUGUUGAAGGCAGCCAAUCUCCCUCUCCCAGGAUAUAAAGCCAGAGAACUCAUUCAGAAUUUGACAACCACGGGGGAUGGCAGGAUCAGUUUUGAUGAAUUUAUUUCAAUUUUCCAAAACCUGAAGAGUGAUGACGUUGCUAAGUCAUUCCGAAAACAAAUCAACAAAAAGGAGGGGAUCUGUGCUAUCGGUGGGACAUCCGAGCAGUCCAGUGCUGGCACACAACACUCUUACUCAGAGGAAGAAAAGUAUGCCUUUGUCAACUGGAUUAAUAAAGCCCUUGAGAAGGACCCUGACUGUAAACACGUGGUCCCAAUGAAUCCAGAAACAGAUGACCUCUUCCAGGCUGUUGGUGAUGGCAUAGUGCUUUGUAAGAUGAUCAACUUUUCAGUGCCAGAUACCAUUGAUGAGAGAACAAUCAACAAAAAGAAACUCACGCCCUUCACAAUACAGGAAAAUCUGAACCUGGCCCUGAACUCCGCUUCAGCCAUUGGGUGCCAUGUUGUUAACAUUGGAGCUGAAGACUUAAAAGAAGGGAAACCUUACCUGGUUUUGGGUCUUUUAUGGCAAGUCAUCAAAAUUGGACUCUUUGCUGACAUAGAAAUCAGCAGGAAUGAAGCCUUGAUCGCUCUUCUGAGAGAAGGAGAGAGCCUGGAGGAUCUGAUGAAGUUGUCUCCAGAGGAACUGUUGCUGAGGUGGGCAAACUAUCACCUGGAGAAUGCGGGAUGUAACAAAGUCAACAACUUCAGCUCAGACAUCAAGGACUCAAGAGCUUAUUACCAUUUGCUGAACCAAGUUGCCCCCAAGGGAGAUGAAGAAGGCAUUCCGGCUAUUACUAUUGACAUGUCAGGAUUAAGGGAGAAGGACGAUGUGCAGCGAGCGGAGUGCAUGCUGCAGCAGGCGGAGCGGCUGGGCUGCCGCCAGUUCGUCACGGCCACCGACGUCGUCCGGGGGAACCCAAAGCUAAACUUGGCCUUCAUCGCCAACUUGUUCAACAAAUACCCUGCCCUGCAUAAGCCAGAGAACCAGGACAUUGACUGGAGCUCUAUUGAAGGUGAGACAAGGGAAGAGAGGACGUUCAGGAACUGGAUGAACUCCCUGGGCGUUAAUCCACGUGUAAAUCACUUAUACAGUGACCUGUCAGAUGCCUUGGUUAUCUUCCAGCUCUAUGAAAAGAUCAAAGUGCCAGUAGACUGGAACAGAGUGAACAAACCACCAUAUCCUAAACUGGGUGGCAACAUGAAGAAGCUUGAAAACUGCAACUAUGCAGUGGAACUGGGAAAGAAUCAAGCCAAAUUCUCCCUUGUUGGCAUCGCUGGGCAAGAUCUGAAUGAAGGAAACCGUACGCUCACGUUGGCCUUAAUCUGGCAGUUGAUGAGAAGGUACACCCUGAAUAUCCUUGAAGACAUUGGUGGUGGAGAGAAGGUCAAUGAUGAAAUCAUUGUCAGCUGGGUCAAUGAAACACUGAUUGCAGCCGGGAAGGAUUCAACCAUCUCCAGUUUCAAGGACAGCAAAAUCAGCACCAGUAUGCCAGUCCUGGAUCUCAUUGAUGCCAUUCAGCCAGGAUCAAUCAAAUAUGACCUCUUGAAAACAGAGGACCUGAAUGAUGAGGAGAAACUAAAUAAUGCUAAAUAUGCCAUCUCUAUGGCAAGAAAAAUUGGAGCAAGAGUCUAUGCCCUUCCAGAAGACCUGGUUGAAGUAAAACCCAAAAUGGUCAUGACAGUGUUUGCUUGCCUUAUGGGAAAAGGCAUGAAGAAAGUUUAAAGCACAAAAGACUUGUACUGAUGCCUGGUAUUCACCCUUUUGAUUCCCUCAAACUGGAUGCUCUUCUCCGUAUCAAGGAAAAAUGCAAGGUGCUCAUGCUUUUCAGGUGUGAAUGUUAUACACAGUUCCCGAUCGUACAAAAGUUGUGUAUCUGAGUGUAUCCAGGAAAUGUUUUGUUUUGAACAGUAACAUGUGCUUGAUUUCUUUGCCUUAUUUUCCACUUUGCUAGAUAUACCCAUUUCAUAUUCCUGAAUAAGUUUUCAAUAGCGAGGCCUAUACAUAUCCUUUUAUUAAUGGAUACCAGGGUUUUCUGUCAGAGGUCACCUGGAGAUCUUUGUCUUGGAAUGUACGGACAGCUUUUAGGAUUAUGAAAUGUUAUAUACUGCUUCUGCCUGAAAAUGUCUUCAUGCUUUUGGUAGCAUUUCUGCCAUACUUUCCUUCGGUUUGCACCCAGGAUAACAGAAAGGGUUUCCCCAAGCCAAUGCAAGUAUUAGUGACUAUGUUUUUGGAACAGUACGAUCCUCUUAGGAAAUUCUUGUAGAAAGAGACAAGUGUUUGGGGUCUGCGAUGUGUUGCUGGUAUGUAAUCUGAGCAGUACUUUUCCCUGCAAGUUAUGCCUCUGCCAUCAGUGGCAUUACUCACAGAGUACGUUACUACUCACUGAAAAAACCAUACCUUAACCUGGUCCUCCAAGAACACCAAAAUCUGGAACCUUUGCCAGAAAUGCUCUCCAAAGGAUAAUUCAUUUUUAUGUCACAAUACACUUAAAACAUAAGCAGAUCGCAAAGCAUGAUAGAAAUGAAAAACAUGUUAAAGAAACUAAGGGGAUAUACCCAGUUAGUAGCAAUAUAAGUGAACCAAAGGGAUGCAGAAUGAUAUAUUUAUGAUGGGGUGAAUAAAAAUUAAACUCUCUUAACUUCACAGACUUGCACUCAAAGGGCUGUGGCCCUGGUUCAGGAGAGCAUUUAAAUCUGUGCUUGCAUAUGAAACACAUACUAAAAUGCUUCCCUGAACCCAGGCUGGGAUCCUCAAAGGAGCUAAAUCAGCUAGCUUUGCAGCUAACAAGGCGCUGUCAGUUUGCCUCAGUCAAGGACCUAGCCCCAUCUGCGGAUAGUCAGUAGGUUAUAUUUGCACUGAAUCUCUUCCUUGGCAUAAGUCAUUUACUGUUCUGGCCUUUACACGGAUUUUACUGUGGUGAAAUGCAGAAGGAGGGAAUUUUGCCUUAAUGCAAUCCCGUUGACACAGUCUCAGUCCCCUCCCUCUUCUCCUCCCGCCCCUCCAGCCCCUUCAGAAUUGCCUUAAUAAAAACCAAUAUUCAAUAACAUGAGAAGUCUCUCCAAAUAAAUAUUCUAUAAAGUCAAA